GUCGAUUAUUUGACUAGUAACAUGAUUUCCUAAUACUUAUACCCUGAGAACAUCAAGCCAUGAAGUCAAAGAAUCAUUAAUUAAUAAUAAUAGAUAAAAUACAAGGAAGUUUCAGUUCUUGGCCUUACUAGUUUGACCUUAUUGCCACAAUAAAUGUAAAAAAGUGAUAUACAUAUCCUUCUUGAUCUUUAGUUACAAGAAUCAAAAUAUGGAGAAUACCAAUUUCAUUACAUUUCUUGGUUAUCUAUUGGUAUUACUACUUAGCAGAAUUUGUGUCUGCAGUGCUGUAGAGAGUGAUGUUCAUUGCUUGAAAUCAAUAAAAGAUUCAUUACAUGACCCUUUCAAUAAUUUGGAUUCUUGGGAUUUCAGCAAUGCUACUGAAGGAUUCAUCUGUCGUUUCGUUGGAGUUUUUUGCUGGCAUAUUGAUGAGAGUAGGAUACUGAACAUCGUGCUUCCAGACAUGGGAUUAGUAGGUGAGUUUCCUCGAGGCAUUCGAAAUUGUACUAGCUUGACAGGCUUAGAUCUUUCCGGCAACAGCUUGUAUGGAGCUAUUCCUUCUGAUAUUUCAUCGAUACUUGAACAUGUUACAUCACUUGAUCUCUCACACAACGCGUUUUCUGGAUAUAUACCACCUGAUAUAGCUAACUGUCAGUACAUUAAUGUAUUAAAGUUGAACGAUAAUGAUUUAGAAGGUGAAAUUCCAAGCAGCAUAGGUGAUUUGCCUCGCCUUAAGACGUUCAGCGUAGCCAGCAAUUACUUGAAUGGACUAGUGCCAUCGUUUGUUUAUAAGAAUUUCGCAGCUCAGAGUUUUGCAAACAAUCCAGAGCUUUGUGGGAAGCCCUUGAAAGGAUGUGAGGAUUCUUGGAUAUGGAAACAUAUAGAUCGCUCUUCGUUCAUUAAAGCUUUUGUGACUGGUUGGGUACUUUUCUUUACAUUGGUUUUAGUCCUUUGUUCAUCUCGACUUCGUACCAAGACUAUCAACAAGAUAAUAGUCUUACUGAACAUAUGGAAGCUGAUGAUGAGGAAGAAACAUUUAACUUCAGUAAGUGAUGAGGAAUUAAGCAGCCAACAUAAGAUAUUAAAACUGGAGAAGUUUGUUACAAGAAUGAGCUUAAAGGAGCUGCAGAACGCGACUUCUGAUUUUAGUGAGGACUACUUAGUAGGAAUUGGAAUGUUGGGCAAAGUGUACAAAGCAUUUCUUCCGAAUGGCUGGACACUUGCAAUCAAGAAGCUCAAUGACUGGGAGGAUUUGGAGGACGAGUUUGUCUCCGAGAUAACAACUCUCGGUGGUCUGAGGCACCGGAACCUAUUGCCUCUAAUAGGUUUCUGUGCCGAGAAGCAAGAAAGACUUCUUGUUUACAAAUACAUGCCUAAUGGAAGCCUUCAUGAAUGGCUGCACUCGGAAGAAGAUGAGGCCAAGAAUUUGGAUUUCCCUCUAAGAGUUAAAAUUGCACUUGGGAUAGCAAAAGGCCUGGCUUGGCUUCAUCAUGGUUAUGAAUUGCACGUUACACACGGAGGCAUAAGCACGCGAUGUAUCUUGCUAGAUCAAAAUCUUGAACCAAAAAUAUCCAACUUUUGGGAAGCCAAAUUUUGGAGUAAGAAUGACACAGCAUUAAGUUGGAGUCUUUUCCCGGUAACUGAAUAUUCUGGUUUAGGCUCUUACAAGCAAGACAUCUACUGCUUUGGCAUCGUGCUUCUUGAGCUGGUAACGGGGAAGGAACCGCAUGAACUGACCAGCUCAAGAAAUCUGUUUGAUCACUCGCCUUGUCUACUUGAUGCAGAUAGAGAUUUGCUUGGGAAAGGAGUUGAUGAUUUAAUCCUCCAAUUUCUUGAAUUGGCUUGUAGCUGUGUGAAGUUUUUUCCUAAUGAAAGGCCAACAAUGCUGGAAGUGUACGACGCACUCAAGAAUAUUUCUCAAGGUCGAACGGACUGGAUGCAGAAGAUAUCAUGAUCAAUUGAUAUGUCAAGUGUAUAUAUGACUAGUGCUAUUGUUUUUAUGGUUACUGAGAUAAACAGAUCAGGAAUACACAAAACUGAAUCAUGAAAUUAAAGUCGUGUUUCGAGUCU